UAUUAUAAGCACUCAAAUUAUCACUUCUACAGUUUAACAUGGCUAAUUCAACCACUAAAAUUCUCACCAUAGUUUCCUUCUUAGUGCUGAUUUCUCAAGGUUAUAGCCAAUGUUCAUUGCAAGAUAUUACCAUAGUCCAACGUCAAUCAGGAGUAGUACGUAAUCAACCUAAGUGGAAUGUAACUAUCUCCAACAGAUGUAUAUGUACUCAAACGGAUGUGAAGUUAAAUUGCACUGAUUUUCAAACCAUUCUACCCAUACCCACUUCAAUUUUGAAGGUCGAGGGCAAUGUUUGCACUCUUAAUGAUGGCAAUCCUGUUUAUUCAAACACUGAUAUAAGCUUCGAAUAUGCUUCCUCCAAGUCAUUUCCAUUAAAUCCAAUUUCAUCACAGAUUAAUUGUUCUUAAAUAACCAAUGUUGCUUUUAUAUACCUUCCAACUUUUCCUUGUGGAUUGGUUUACUAGUACUAGAGACUAAUGAUAAGAAUAAAUGUAUGAAUAUUAUCACAAAUUAAAUAAAAGAUAUAAUUCAUAUA